CACGGGUUUAAGCCGUUGAAACGGCAGCGCGACAGUUGGAGCCUCCGCGAUAUCCGGCAUGUCGCUGACACCAGGCUAACCACAUUCGGCCUCAAUGUGUGGAACAGCGUACAGCAGGAACUGCACUGACAAGAAAUCUAACCCUUUUAGGCAAUCGCGACAAAGAAGCAUAUCGACAUAGAUGUUGGCCACCUUAAAUCUAAAGGGUAUAAAGAUGGCUCACUCUCCCUCCUUCUCUACCAGUUGAGUUUCUUCUUCCGAAAACAAAACAUUCUUCUUACAAUAUGUCUUCUAAGCAACAAAUCCUUCCGUCUGAAGCCAUCCUCGAGCAAUAUGGCACGCUGCUCAAAGAUAAGACCAUUCUUAUAACUGGUGUCUCCAAUGACUCCAUCGCAGGUGAACUUGCCGUCCAGCUUAGCAGUGCGAGCCCUGCUCUGCUCAUCCUAUCCGCAAGAUCAAAAUCCCGUGUUGAGCCUAUCGUCUCUAAGAUUGCGGCCAAAACCCCCAAGGUUUCCACUCGGUUCCUACAAAUGGACCUUGGUACCCUGAAGGAUAUUCAAAGGGCAGUUGCUAGCCUACAUGAUGUUCCGAAGAUCCAUCACAUAGCUGCUGUGGCUGGUGUUAUGAUUCCGCCUUAUGGAACGACCGUGGACGGAGUUGAGACGCAGUUUGGGGUCAACUACCUCGCAAAUUUUGCGCUUGUUAAACUUCUGCUUCCCAAGGUGGAGGCUGCCGGUGCAUCAUCGUCUAUCGUCAUCGUGGCAAGCUCGGCUGUCAGAGGUGGUGUUGUCAGUUUUGACAAUAUCGGCUACGACGAUGGAAAGACAUACAAUCCUCUAGUCGCGUAUGGACAGUCCAACGCUGCUCGUGUAAUGUUUGUCAAGAGUCUAGCCAAGAAGCUGCUCGAUAAGAAGAUUCGGACCUAUAGCAUCGAUCCUGGAGCCGUCCGAUCAGGCCUACAACGCCAUGUAACAUCCGAAAUGCGCGCCUUUAUCGAGGAGAAACGUGCUUCUGUCCUGUUUGAUGCAGACGGAAGAGAAUACAAACUACCGCCCUGGACAAGUACUUCCGAGGGUGCGGCAACGAUUAUCACGGGUAUGAUUGAUCCAACUAUCGAACAUUCUAACGGCUCUUUUCUACACAACAACGCCAUUGCCGAUCAAGAGCUACAUUCGCAUAUUCUCAAUGAGGAUAACUGGGCGCGACUGUGGGAGUUGAGCGAGAAUUUGAUUGGAGAAAAGUUUGCUAUCGAUCAGUAACGAUACGUAACUUGCGCUUUGAGAAAACCGAAAUGGUAGCCCCCCUCUCUACAUAGUAUUAUCUGCAGCAGUAAAUGUACACAAUGGUCUCUCGGCACGUCUUCUGCGCCAGUAGUUUGACGAGUGAAUCAGAUCAGGGCAAUCUUGGAUAAACCACGGCCACUUCCUCAAAAUGCCGGACGAUAUUUCAUACCCUGUGGGAUCCCAUGGUUCUCCCCAGACCACGAGACCAAUUGAUUUGGUGUCUGCGCCAUCGACCUCCAUAAAAAGGUUGUGGCAGAGUUCUUCGUCGUCGUAUUCCGCCAUCCUCCGCAAUACUGCAUCUCGAAUAGACGGUAGAGGGAACAGAUCGAUCCACGGGUGAUGGGUAAUUUCCUUUUGUAGACUUGUUGGCUGCAGACUGGGCGGCAAAUUUGCCACAUUGAUGGCCAACGGUCCUGUUAUGUUGAAUGGGGACGGAAUAUCCUGGUGUAGUAAUUCCGGUGUUAAUCCAAAAUGUGCCGCAUUGGACAUCAUUGCCCUAACGAUGUUGAGCUGCAUGAUAGGAACCAGAAGUUCACCGUCUAGCUGGUGUCUGGCUAAAUACCGACCAACGAGAUUUUCCAGUUGCUCCAAAAGGCUACUACAUUCGGCUGUAGUCAGUUGACAAAUCAGGAAACCCAAUCGGAAUUUUAGUUGGGCACUGUUGAGACUCUGACUGUGGAAUGGAGGUGCCUUGGAGCUGGCGGAGGAGCAUUUGCUUUUGCUCUGCUCCUCCACAUACAUAACCCCUUUGCGAAUGGCGUUGUCCUCGCCUUUUGAUCUUUUCUGUUCCAAUUGUCGCCGGCCUAAAGAUAACCUCUAGCCAUUAAUACAUGUCAUUUAAGUCUCGGAGGCUGAUGGGGGCAGGUAAUGAAACGUUACUUACGUCUGGCUCUCUGAUUCAGGCGGUUCUGCAUCUUCCGGCGAUUUUCUACAUCGGAUAGCUUGGUCCAGUCCUCCUCUUCAGACUUGGCGUCCUUCAAUCGCGGCGUUGGAUUGUAAGCGCUAGAUUCUUGAGCCAUCAUCUAAUCGAGUAUGUCGUACUUUGUUGAGAAAACAUUUUGGCAGUGAACGUUGGCCACCACAAGUCUUAGGUAUGCGGACUUAAGACUGCAUAACGAGC